UGGAUGACACAAGCCGGUCGACGACUUCUUUUUUUUGUUUUUGUGUGCAAAGAAUCAAAAUGCGAAUGGAGUCCAACGCAACCAACCAAGGGUCAUACACCGCUUUUCUCGUUUUCUUCUUCUUUUCUUCAUCUGCCCCCUCCCCACCGCAAUAGCGCUGCUUGCAUUUCUUACCUAAUUUAUCACACAAAAAAAAGGAAGAAUCAUAUAUACAGAGGUCAAGAAACUUGUACAGUUUUCUAUUUGGGAGAGAGAGAAAGAAGAUCUCGGGUUACCUAAAUCUCAUGGAACAACUUGUCAACUUCAUUAUUCGACCCCCAAGAAAUAAUCUGGAGAAAUUUUUGCUUGUUAUGCACUGGGAGUCAGAAAGGCGCUUGAAGCAGCGAGAUAUCUGUUUCUACGCAAGAUAAUUGAGGGCUGAGUAUGACCCUAAAAAUGAUCUACUUGAUGAAGAAUUCAUGCUUAAAGGGAAAUGGUACCAAAGGAAGGAUCUGGAGGUCAAAAAUAGUAGGGAUGAUGUUCUUAAAUGUAGCCAUUAUAUGCCUCUUAUUCGUCCAGAAGGAAAGCCGCUACCUUGUGUGAUAUACUGUCAUGGGAACAGCGGGUGUAGAGCAGAUGCCAGUGAAGCUGCUAUUAUAUUAUUGCCAUCAAACAUCACUGUUUUCACCCUUGACUUUUCUGGAUCUGGACUUUCUGGAGGAGAGCAUGUUACGUUGGGGUGGAAUGAAAAGGACGAUCUCAGAGCUGUGGUUGAAUAUCUGCGGACAGAUGGCAAUGUUUCUUUGAUUGGCUUGUGGGGCCGUUCAAUGGGUGCUGUUACUAGCCUCAUGUACGGUGCUGAGGAUCCAUCCAUUGCUGGAAUGGUUUUAGACAGUCCCUUCUCCGAUUUGGUUGAUUUGAUGACCGAACUUGUAGACACUUACAAAAUACGGCUGCCCAAGUUCACCGUGAAAUUUGCAAUCCAAUAUAUGCGCAGAGCAGUUUUAAAAAAGGCAAAGUUUGACAUAGCUGAGUUGAACACAAUUAAGGUUGCAAAGUCAUGCUUUGUUCCUGUUUUACUGGGUCAUGGUGUUGAUGAUGAUUUUAUACAGCCCCAUCAUUCAGAUCGUGUAUUUGAUGCUUACAUGGGAGACAAGAAUAUUAUAAAAUUUGAGGGUGAUCACAACUCUCCGCGCCCACAGUUUUAUUUUGAUUCUAUAAGUAUCUUCUUCAACAAUGUUUUGCAACCACCAAUGGAUGAAGCUGGUGCUGCAUUCUUUGACAUGCCACAAGAUUAUUUUGGCAAGGGCAGUUGGAGUACAGUCCAUGAACUGGACUAUAUGGAUGAUGUCCAUGAUGUUGCAGCUGCACCAACUAGUAGCACCGAAGAUGUAAUAAAGCAGGUUCGCUCCAAAAGACCCAUGAGUCGGAUAGAGGUCCCUUCUGACAUAUCUGCUCAGGAUAACCAAACUGCAGACCAGGAAGAAGGUACUGGAACCUACUCUGCCCCAUCAUCUUCAAAAAUGAUCAGCUUUGAACUUUCCAAUGGUGAUCCAUUUGGUCCCAAUGUUCCUGCAUCAAUAGAUGAUGAUGACUAUGUUGAAUACCCACUUGAUAAUAUGGCAGAUUUUCCUAGUAAUGUAGAUGAAGAAGAAAGGAUGUUAAUGAAAGCAGUACUCGAAUCUUUAAAGGACCUGGAGGUUAAACCUCCUCCGGCUGAACAAGCGUCCUCAGAUGAUGUCAUAGAACUUCCUCAACCUCUGCAGGGCGCUAGAGAGGAGUUGUUUACUGCAAAGCAAUGUACACCCUCAAAAGAAAUUAGUGCUAGUGCCAUAGUUUUUAAUGAGCAAGAUUCAGACGCCAAAGUCCAAGUUCCAGAUACUAAAAAAGUAUCAGUAACUCCAGCUAAUAGUACUUCAUCAGCGAAAGAAGUGGAAUGCAAUGGAACUUCUCAUCGUGAGAAGUCCGUCAGCAAUCAAAGUUCGUCCAGUGUUGACACGGUUGAUGGUACUAAAGCUACUGUGACUGUUGUAAAGAACCCAACAAGUAAUGUCAUGGAUGGUUUGUGGCGUCGUUGGGAUCUCAACUUCUUCAAGAACAAAUAAUGAUUUGAAAGAUUGAUUUUUUACAGAGAUACAUUUGGAAAGGAUUACGGGUAGCAGAAAAAGUUAUAGUGGUUAUACAAAUUUGCUGUUUGCUGGAUGUACAUUUUUGAGGGGAGUAAAUAUUUGUUCUUUCUGUCAGGAGUGAUGAGAAAGAUGGGGCAGGUGGUUCUGGGAAUGGAAGGGGGGUUGGGUUCGUUUGUCACUAGUUUGCAUAGGUCUUCCUUCUUUGAGUACAAGGAAUCAACUAUGUAUUUACACCCCUGUUAAGUAAUUAGGCCCAUUGUUUGUUGUAAAUUAUGGACUGAGCAGAAUGUGUUUUGUAUAUGUAUAGGUGAUGUGCACAAUUUUUCUCGACAAAAUUGGAAAUCGAUAGCGCUGUCAAGUUUUUCUGCUUCAUUCCUUUUUAAAGUGUUCGUGUAUUGUAUGCCAAAUGAAACAACUUUGAAUCA